CAGGUUUAUAGAUCCUAAGUGCAAGCGCGCGGCCGAGGAGGGAAACCGAGGUGGAACAAGGAUUUUUGGAAGGAGGUCAUAGGGCACGAAGUUGUGCCUGCAGCUGUUACCAUAGAAACCGGGGACCGGAUGUGGCGAUCUUAGGGUGCGACAGCCGUCUUUUCUCAGGCCUUCUGGCCCGAGAGCCUGUCGACUCUAUGGCACACUAUGAGGAGCCGGCUGUAGGGUUUUUUCAGCGAGGGCAGGAGCGAGGAGCUUUUUCUACAGCGUUUAUAGAAACGCAGCAAAGGAAAGGUUUGAGAUUGCUGCCAUGCCUGGCAGAGACUGAGGGAGGCGGCUGAUGUGAGAACAGCCGCACUAAGUUUCCCCGCAGCCUUCCGGAAGUGAAAUGGCGGGAGCCUCACCCUCACUGUCCACUGCCCCCCGGAAGCGGAAACAGGAUCUCAGCGUGCCCCUUCCUCACUGCCCUCCAAAUCCAGCUGCAGCCAUUGCGGCAACCACGAUGCCGAAACGAAAGAAGCAGAAUCAUCAUCAGCAGCAGCCGCAGCAGCAGCCCCCACUGCCAGAGCGGGAAGAGACUGGAGAUGAGGAGGAUGGGAGUCCCAUCGGACCACCCAGCCUUCUGGGCCCUCCCCCCAUGGCCAAUGGAAAGCCUGGUGACCCCAAGUCAGCUCUUCACAGAGGUCCUCCGGGAUCAAGGGGACCAAUGAUCCCACCACUGCUGAGUCUCCCACCUCCUCCCCGGGGCAGAGGCCCAAUUCGGGGAGGCCUAGGCCCCAGGUCUGGCCCAUAUGGUCGUGGUUGGUGGGGGGUCAGUGCUGAGCCUCCUUUUCCUGGACCAGGCCAUGGGGGUCCCUCCAGGGGAGGCUUUCACAAAGAGCAGAGAAAUCCUCGAAGGCUCAAAAGCUGGUCUCUUAUCAAGAAUACCUGCCCACCCAAGGAUGGACCCCAGGUUAUGGAAGACAAAUCUGACCGCCCCGUCUGCCGACACUUUGCCAAAAAGGGCCACUGUCGAUAUGAGGACCUCUGUGCCUUCUACCACCCUGGCGUAAAUGGACCUCCUCUGUGAGACUGUGCCUUCCCAUCCAGACUGGAAGGAGCCCUCUGACUUGGCGGCCAUAUACUUCCCUGUGGCCCUGUGAUGGCUACCGCGAGGCCGUUCACCUGCCGCCCUCAGUCAGUGAUGCCCAGCUCCAUCACCACCUACCCCACUCGGGGUCCAGAGCUGUGUUCCGUGACUGGUGCACGGUGUGCGCUCUUCCUUCUGAUGCAGCCUCCAGAGACUCGUCUCCGGGACCCCAUCUUUGCUCCAUUCAACUGCCUCCUGGAUCCUCUUCCCCCUCGCCAGCUGACUGCAGAACAGGAAACCUCUUUGGUGCUGUUUCUUGUGCAUCUGUCCACCCAGCCCCAGGUAGCGCCCUGGAUUCCUGAGAGCCCUGGAGCAGUUUCCUACCAUUCCCUUCUCGCUGCUUGUUUUAAGUCCUUUUUAUGUGACACCCCCUUCCCCCAGUGUUGUCAGCUGCUCUGUGACACUCACCAGCUUGUCUGACCUGGGGUCAAGUUGGGAUGACUGGUGCAGAGUCACUCCUGAGAGGCCACGUUCCCUGCUUUUGGAUUUUGUAGUUUCUGCAUCAGUAGCAUGAUCUCCACCGCUAUGGUCUGUGAUCACUGUGCUUUGUGAGACUGUGCAUCCCCUCAUAGCCUUUCUCAGUGUCCAUGGCAUUUUUGUGACUUCCCAACGCUACAGUGAGUUUUUCUGCCAAAAUGCGUGGGGCCGUUGGUGGCCUCUAGACUUUCCCCACCUCCCGACGUGGGAGAACUGUGAAACUUCCACAAGGCUGCCUGCCUGGUCCUCCCCAUUCUCCCGGUAUCAGUUUCUCUGGGUUUGACACAGGCCCGAGAGGUGUCCUCUACCCUAUCUCCUCUCCAGCCCGUUUUAGACUAUGUCAUUGUGAGGCCACCAGCCCUUUCGUUUGAAUUCUGUGAAUCUCCACCUGGUCUAACUGUGGGUGGAACUUGGACAGUACUGUCGCCCUCUUCCAACCUUCUUCCCCUGCAUCCCUGGCACUGGUUGUUUUCUGUGAAAACGGCAGUGAACAGGUUCAGUUUUGAACUGGCCCUGGGGAAAUGGGUCAGGAGUUGUGUGGGCAAGAGGGAGGGAUGAGAGCCGUUGGAGAACUGAGAAUGAAUUUUUUUUUUCUUUCUAACAUGUUUUUAUAUUAGUAAUAAAUGCAGCGGAAACAAGCA